CGGCGCGGAGCACAGCGGGCUGGUGCGGGGGGCGCGGGCUGUGGGCUGCGGCCGGGUGGAGGGAACCAAGCCGGGGGUCAGGCGGGGAGUCUGGGCCAGGCAGGGAGCAGACAUGGCGCCGCGGAGGGCCAGGGCCCGCGCCGCUGCGGGCAGCCUGGGCGCCGAGUAGCCGGGCCGGGCCGGAGCGCGGGCGGCGGCGGCGGAGGCAGCUGCGCCCGCGCCCCCCGCCCUCCCAGGCCCCUCGCCCCGCGCCCGGGCCGCCGGCGAUGGUGACACAUGCGGCGGCGGCGCGCCGGCGGCAGGACCAUGGUUGAGCGCGCCAGCAAGUUCGUGCUGGUGGUGGCGGGCUCGGCGUGCUUCAUGCUUAUCCUGUACCAGUACGCGGGCCCGGGGCUAAGCCUGGGCGCGCCCGGCGGCCGCGCGCCGCCCGACGACCUGGACCUCUUCCCGACGCCGGACCCGCACUACGAGAAGAAGUACUACUUCCCCGUGCGCGAGCUGGAGCGUUCGCUGCGCUUCGACAUGAAGGGCGACGACGUGAUCGUCUUCCUGCACAUCCAAAAGACCGGUGGCACCACCUUUGGUCGCCACCUCGUGCAGAAUGUGCGCCUGGAGGUGCCCUGCGACUGUCGGCCGGGCCAAAAGAAGUGCACCUGCUACCGGCCCAACCGCCGCGAGACCUGGCUCUUCUCCCGCUUCUCCACUGGCUGGAGCUGCGGGCUGCACGCCGACUGGACCGAACUCACCAACUGCGUGCCCGGCGUGCUGGACCGCCGUGAUCCCGCCGCGCUGCGCACGCCCAGGAAGUUCUACUACAUCACCCUGCUGCGGGACCCUGUGUCCCGCUACCUGAGCGAGUGGCGGCACGUGCAGCGUGGAGCCACGUGGAAGACGUCGCUGCACAUGUGCGACGGGCGCACACCCACGCCCGAGGAGCUGCCGCCCUGCUACGAGGGCACGGACUGGUCGGGCUGCACGCUGCAGGAGUUCAUGGACUGCCCCUACAACCUGGCCAACAACCGCCAGGUGCGCAUGCUGGCCGACCUCAGCCUGGUGGGCUGCUACAACCUGUCCUUCAUCCCCGAGGGCAAGCGGGCGCAGCUGCUGCUGGAGAGCGCCAAGAAGAACCUGCGCGGUAUGGCCUUCUUCGGCCUCACCGAGUUCCAGCGCAAGACGCAGUACCUGUUCGAGCGGACGUUCAACCUCAAGUUCAUCCGGCCCUUCAUGCAGUACAACAGCACGCGGGCGGGGGGCGUGGAGGUGGACGAGGACACCAUCCACCGCAUCGAGGAGCUCAACGACCUGGACAUGCAGCUCUACGACUACGCCAAGGACCUCUUCCAGCAGCGCUACCAGUACAAGCGGCAGCUGGAGCGCAGAGAGCAGCGGCUGCGGAGCCGCGAGGAGCGCCUGCUGCACCGCGCCAAGGAGGCGCUGCCGGGGGAGGACGCGGAGGAGCCGGGCCGCGUGCCCACCGAGGACUACAUGAGCCACAUCAUCGAGAAGUGGUAGUGGCGGGCGGCGGGGGAGGUCGCAGGGCCGGGGGAGAAACUGGCACCAGCCGAUGGCAAGUAGGGCCUACCCAAAACUAAGGGGACACCCCCAGCCACUCAUCAGAAGGCACCCCGGGGAAAGCGGAGUGGGCCUGCUGUUUCCCCCGGGUAAGGGCAGCUCGGUAGGUCAGAGGGAAGCUGCUGGAAGGAUGCCUCAGGUAUGGUUGGGUCUUUGGGACGGGGAACAUCUCUGCUCUCCUGGCCCCGUGCCACUCCCAACAGCUGCAGGUUUGGAAAAAAAAAGACACUGUGGAGAGGAUGUGCCGGGUAGACCACGAGUGAGCCCCACCAACUAUGCACGCACCCUACUCUGGCCACCUCUGCCCAGACCACUAGGGACAAGUAACCAGCUCCAAGCAGCAUACCUGAGGCCCCGUGACUUCUGAUGCCCCAGGGCCUGAGAGCCCUCCUCCCCUCUGAACAUAGGCAACUUUCUGAGGUACCUUCAGGCCUAGAGCUCCCCACACCGUCCUGCAGCAAGUGCAGGGGCCACCCCACUGAGGCUGCCUCUAGGCGGCCCACUCUGACCCAUGGUCAAAGCCUGGUCAGCCUGGCCUUUGAGGGUGACCACCCAGGUGGACCAAGCUCAGACAGGUAGGGGAGUGGGUACCAGGAACUCCUUUUAGCCCUGUUCUUUCUGAUCCUCUGCCCCCAGCCCCGUCACUGGGAUGUUUCUUCAAGGGCUCAUGCUGCUCUCAGAGCCCCACAUGUGACAGUACAAGCAGGCUUCCAUGGGCUGGAAUGCAGACCACAGCUGCUAUCUGUGAGCCAUAGCCCUGGGUCAUGAUGGUUCUGGAAGCUUUCAGAUUCUCAGCUGGGGCUGAAAGAAACAGCUCUGUGUCCCAUGCCACACACACCCCCACCCCAUUCCCACCCAGCCUGGGGAAACUCUGGCCAGGCUGUUUCCAACAGCUUCACCAGCUGGCCAGUGACCCUACCAGAAGCCAUGUCACAUAUCCGUUGUAAGCAUUUGCCCCACGCCCCUGUCCAGGAGGCCUAGGUGAGCCCACACCUGAUUAGCAGGUGUGGCUCUUCAGAGGCCAUGUGCCCAGAGACUUUGGGCUGAGCUAGGGCAGGAGGAGGGAGGAGAACAGGUGGGGACUCUUCCCUGCCCUGCUUCCAGUCAGCCAGCCCAGCUGACCCCUCAUGGAGUGAAGGGGCUCACUAGCACAGGAAAAGCUCAGGAGUAGUUGCCCUGGAGCAAGCGGCUUAAUCUUCACUUACCUGGCAUAAGGAUCGCACAGUCAGGAGACUUGGGCUCCAGGUGGGCACCAGCUAGCCAGCCAGGGCCACCUCCGUAGUGAGUGGUCACACUGAGGAGGCAGGCACCAAGGUGAGUUAGUGCUGUGGCUGUUUUAAAGGGAAUUCAAGGCCACUGUGGAGGGAAUCUGCUGUGAUGCUUCUUGUUUUGGGUGAGCACACACUUGGGAGGAGGGCGGGUGGAUCUGGGGAGUCCUGGGGUCUUUCACAAAAAUCACGUGGGUUGCUACAGCCUCCUGUCCAGAAGUGGGCACCCAGUCUCAAGAUGGUCGCUCCACGUGGGCUUUCUGUGUGUACGGCCAGAGUAGAGGAUCUGUUUUGUACAUAUUGGAGAAUGUUUAAACUUACACCCUGCCAUCCCAACUCACGCGGAAGCAUGGGUCUCCCCCAGUCUCUGCUGGUUUGGAAAGUGGUCCCGCCUCAGGCCAGAGUCAGCCAUGGUGCCCCCGCUUCCUCAGCUGUCAAGCCAACACUUCCCACUCAGGCCACCUGCCUUGGGGCAAAGCUUCCUGUGCCCUCAGCAUCUCAUCAGACAUCACAGGAUGGGGUGGCCCUCCUAGCUCUGAGGACCCUGCCCACCCAUGGGCCCUCCCCAGUGCUGAGAGGACAAAAGCAAACACAGCAAGCUAACAACUAGGUUGCCUGGCACCCUACAGACCUGCAGACGUCCCCUCCUGGAGAAGGAAGCAGGGAUGGCCGAACUCUGAGCAACAAGUCUGUGAACUUUUUGGGAACUGGAAGUGUUUAACUUGAACCCAGGAGCAUUUAAAGCUUUAUUUAUUUAUAGCUUCUUAUUAAAAAAAAGUGUUGGGAAAGUUUUUGGUUAUUCAUACAAAAAAUGAUGGAACAGCAAGUCAUAACCAUCUAAUUGUUUUUGUCUAGGUCAAGAAUGAAUGUUAGCAGAUGAAAUAAACUCUGA